AUGUACCUUUUGUUUACAUUAGCUUUUGGAUUAUUUGCAUCAGCUAUUAGCUUGAAUGAAUUCACAGGAACGGUCGAUAUACAAGACCCCGGCCGCAUGGGGAUGGGUAAAAAUGCUGCCAGUUGGGUUCGAAGCUACUCACAAAAAUAUGAAGUGUUUUAUUAUCUUACAAUGCAACCAUGGCGACACAUGGAGUGGACUACCAUAGACAAGAACAUGCCCGCCACAGACAAUUUGAAUGAUAUUUACACGCAAAUUGUAUUCAACCAAGAUUAUGGAUAUGACAAAGAUGACACCACUGGCGUUAAUAUGUGUCGAAAGAAAAUAGGCUACCCAAUGCGGAAGUUUGUCAUUGAUUGGUCUUUAGUCCCAAGUGACACAUCGCGCAUAGAGAAAUCUACUAUUAACGGAUUGACAUGUUAUAAAUACGCUGCAAGACCACCCCUUCAAAAUGUCUAUUUACUUGAAAAGGUGUAUAACAAUAGUAAUGCGUAUGGAGAAGGGUAUACCCCAUGUCGACUCGACUUUAUUGGAGGAAAGUCAAUCACUUUUAGAAGUGCAUCGGAAUAUACGCCAACCUUUGUGAAUGAAUUUCAGGCAAACAAUAUCACUAAAUGCAAGAGAAGUGCAAUUUAUCCAAUUCAAAGCGACAUUGCUGUUGGGCUUAUGAUUAACUUGGACUCGACAAACACAUUAAGAAGCUUCAUGAAUUCAAUUGCAAGUAGUUUCAUCGAACAAUUCUCUUCAUCGACCAAAUUCUCGAUAUAUGCCAAUUCAAGGUCUGUUUAUAAAUCGACUAAUUUACUCUCAAAGAGUGAGGCUAAGACUUUUCUGAAUCAAAUCACAUCUUUGGCUGCAUCUUCUGCAGAAGAAGGAUUGAAGUACGUGUACUCCCAAAUAGCGAAUUUUAAAGGGAAGAAUCUGGUCUUUUUAACUAAAAGUUCUUCAAGUUCGGAACAAUAUAUUAACUCUGUGUUGAACAAAGGCACAAGUGGAAAUAUGAAUAUGACUGUGUAUGUAGUGAACUACGACUCUUCAGUGGAGGAAGAAUACAAUUUACAGAAACUUGUUGAUAAAGGAGAACACUAUAUUAAAAUCGACUCACAGAAUAUGGACGGAGACAUGAAGAUGUUAUACAAUACCAUUAUUGCUAAUAUGACUGAACUUUGUGAUCGAACGAAGUGCAAUGGAUUCUGUGAUGGAGGUGCUCGAUGCAUUUGUCCUAUGUGUUGUCACAACAAGUGUUACUACACCAAAUGUGAGACAUCGACUGGGACAUGUGUGAAAUUCCCGACUGAAGCUCCUAUGUUAAAAUUAAAGUGUAGUAGUUCGGAUUGUUUAGGUGACUAUCAAUGUGAUGAAGAGUUUGGGUGUGUCCUUAAAACUAUUAAACCACAAUGUCAAACAUCAGUGAAGUGCUUGGCACCGUAUUGCCAAGGCAACACAUGUCUGUUCAAAGAUAACUGUCAAGCAGAUGCCAAGCCAAGUUCUGAUGGAUAUUGCCAUACUUAUAAAUGCAAUCAAGGCAGUGGUGAGUGUGUUUCUAACGCUGUGACGGACUAUAAUAAAUGUCCAACAACAAAGGGAAAGUGCCAAGAAUUUUACUGUGACUCCAAUGCACAAUGCAAGACUCAACCUAAACAAUGUGUUAAGGUGUCGCCAUAUCAAGAGAAUCCAUGUUAUAUUGCCACAUGUGAUGAGACUUCUGGGACUUGUCUCACAAAGUUGAAUUGUGAUUCAAAUCGACCCGUUUGUGGGACUAAUGGAGGAAGUUGUAAAUGUAAUGAAAAUACUAAUUAUCAAUGUCAAUGUCAAAAUGAUGGGACGUGUAACACUAACGAAGUGUGUGAUUUGACUGGAAGCUCUCCGGAGUGUAACGGCACAUUAAAUAAGUGUGGAAUAACUGGUAACUUGGAAUGGAAAGGAUGUUACAAAACAGUGUGUAAGUAUGAUAGCACUAAUGGCACUUAUUACACGGAACAAGAGGAAUAUAAAUGUGACACAUAUACUAUUCCAGAAGAGUGCAAGGGGCUUGUGAAAUAUAUUUGUAGUGGGGAAAAGGAAUGUAACAGAGUCACUACAGACUCUGCCAACGAACAAUGUCUUGACUGCGUCGAUGGUAAAAAAGUUGAUAAAUGUGAAGGGAAGACGACAUCACAAGGUGUGCCAUUAACAUGUCAAAGUGGUGAAUGUAAAGAACCGCCCACUUUCAACUGUUCCGACCUCUUCAAGAAUACUACAAACCCAUUGAAAUUAUGUGAAAAGAAUUAUCAAUGGAAGUAUGAGAAUGGCAUCUGUUUUGUUGAAGUGAUAGAUCCAAGCUUAGUUCUGAACAAUUGUGAAUAUUGUGAGUAUGAUAACAUCUUCACUAAACCAGCCCAAUACAUCGAACUCAAGUGUGACGCCAAGAAGAAUCCGAAUGGCAUUCCUUAUGGAUGCGACAAAGGAAAAUGUGUGAUAGAAGACUAUGACUGCUCCAAGCACGAAGACUUCCCGACAAACUGUAAAGACAUAUACGAUUACAAGUUAAUUACAACUGGAGAGUACGACGACUAUAAAUGCGAGUGGAAUAUCAAUGAAGUGAAAUACAAGUCGACAUGUCAGUUGUGCGAUUUGACUGUUGUUGGUGGCAAGAUCUAUGACAAAUGCGCUCUUCAGUCGACCGAAGAACUUGAUGUGAAAUGCAACACAAUAGACGGAGAGUGUGACUAUCAUAGCGACUGUAAAAAGGAGAAGUGUUUCAUUAAAACAAGUAGCCCAAAUGGCAAUUGUGACGUUGUCACCACAACUUCAAUUUGUCCAGAAAACGUUCCAGAAAAAGACGGCGAAGUUGUGUGCAAAAAAUCGACGUGUAGUGCAGAUGGCCAGUCUUGUUCUGUUGCAUACGACGACACCAUUUGCGCGUCAAGCACAGCAGAAAUCGGCUGUUCGUAUUUGCCCGGCACUUGCAAUAGAAUAAGUGGAUAUUGCGACAAAGUAGCAAUCACCGAGUGUUCACAAGGCAAAGAUGCAGCGACUCGUAUGUGUGACAACAAGUGCUUUGCAUACAACUGCACUGAAAAAUUGGUCGACAACAAACUCACACACGAGUGGAUUACAAUCAAAGACUAUGUGGCACAAGCAGAGAGAAUGUCCAACAAAUGUUUGACUGCAACAUGCGACGCGGUCACUGGUGAAAUCAUGACAGAAACUGUGACUUGUGACAUAGAUGCGGAGUUCCCCAACAUGUCGAAAUACGCCAAAUUGUGUUUCUAUUGUGAGUGUUCUGUAGUCUCAGAAAGUGGGUGGGUACUUGCCAUGUUCAGUGAUUACGAGAACAACACCUUCUCGUUAGACGCUUGUGGUAAUUGCAUUGUCAACGGGGAGAUCCAAGAUAAGACGGCAACGUGUGUUUUAUACAACCAAGUCGAUAACAAAGCUGCAAUCGCGGCUGCCACCACUGUCGCCGCUGUUGUUGCUGCGCUCGUUAUUGGCCUGGUUAUCAUUGGCAUAACAAUCAAGAAAACAUACGACGUCGUCAGAAAUGCCAUGAAAAACACUGUCGAUAACGCCGUUGUGAAUCCACAAUUCAUUGAGAAAGACAGUAACGCUCAAAACGCAAAUUUCGAGACAUAA